AUGGAGAGCGUGUACUCGGUGGAGCCAGCACCUGAUGGUGCCGGCCCCACCUCUCUGGACGUGCUCAGCUUCCUGGACGCCCUGGUGAACAGCACAGAGGAGCAAUGCUUCAGUGCCCGCUCCCGCAGCACCGUCCUGGAAGGGCUGCCGUUCGGUGGCGUGCCCACCGUGCUCGCCAUCAACUUCAUCCUCUGGCUGCUUCUCCUCCUGGUCUUCUCCUGCCUUCGGAAAGCAGCUUGGGACUAUGGGCGCCUGGCGCUGCUGAUGGACAAUGAUAGUUUGACGUCACUUUUCUAUGGAGAGCAGAGCGAGAAGGAGAAGUCCCCAUCGGAGAGCAGCCCCCUGGAUGCUGACAACAAGGAUGUGGGAUUCUGCUCCUGGCUCAUUUCCAUCUACCAGAUGAAGGACGAGGAGAUUCAGAGCAAGUGUGGGAUCGAUGCCACCACCUACCUCUCCUUCCAGCGUCACCUCCUGGUCCUGCUGAUGCUGGUCUGCGUGCUCUCCGUGGCUGUCAUCCUGCCUGUCAACUUCUCGGGGGACCUCCUGGGACACAAUCCCACCCACUUCGGCCGGACAACCAUCGCCAACAUCCCGACGCAGGACCGUCUGCUGUGGCUGCAUAGCAUCUUCGCCCUCAUCUAUUUCAUCCUCACCAUCCUCUGCAUGGCUCACCACUCCGUCCACCUGGAAUACCGAGAAAAUGAGAAGGUCGCCCGGACACUGAUGGUUACCCACAUCCCCAAAGAGAUCACAGACCCUUCCCUUAUCAUCAAGCAUUUCCACGAGGCUUAUCCCAGCUGCACCGUCACCAAUGUCCAGUUCUGCUUUGACGUGCGCAAGCUGAUGAAGCUGGAUGCGGAGAGGCGCAAGGCAAUGAAGGGGCGGCUUUACUUCACUACCAAGGCGCAGAAAGAGGGGAAGAUCAUGAUCAAAACCCACCCCUGUGCCCGUAUCUUCUGCUGCCGCUUCUGUGGCUUUGAGCAGGUGGACGCCGAGCAGUACUACGGGGAGCUGGAGGAGAAGCUCACGGAUGAGUUCAAUGCUGAGCGCAACCGCAUCACACUCAAGCGGCUUGACAUGGCCUUCGUCACCUUCCAGGACGAGCGGAUGACGGCUGUGAUUUUGAAGGACUACAGCCACAUCCGCUGCCGCAAGCACCCCCAGCAGUCCUCUGUCACCACCGUGGUCAAGUCACACCACUGGGGCGUUCGCUAUGCCCCUGCACCCAGUGAUAUCAUCUGGGAGAAUUUAUCGGUCCGUGGCACAUCCUGGUGGGUGCGAUUCAUCCUCCUUAAUAUCUGCCUCUUCGUCCUUCUCUUCUUCCUCACCACACCAGCCAUCAUUGUCAACACUAUGGACAUGUUCAACGUGACACACCCUGUGGAGAGCCUCAAGAACCCCAUCAUCACCCAGUUCUUCCCCACACUGCUGCUCUGGGCCUUCUCCGUCUUCCUGCCUUUCCUUGUCUACUACUCGGCAUUCUUUGAGUCGCACUGGACGAGGUCGAGUGAAAAUCAGCUCACCAUGCACAAGUGCUUCUUCUUCCUAGUGUUCAUGGUCAUCAUUCUGCCCUCGCUGGGGCUGAGCAGCCUGGACCUUUUCUUCCGCUGGCUCUUUGACACCCACUUUCUGGACGAGGCUGAUAUCAAGUUCCAGUGUGUUUUCCUCCCGGACAACGGCGCUUUCUUCGUCAACUAUGUGGUCACCUCCAGCCUGAUUGGGACGGCCAUGGAGCUGCUGCGCAUCCCGGGCCUCCUUGUCUACACCGCCCGCCUCUGCUUUGCCAAGUCCGAGCCCGAGCGGCUCCACGUCAAGCGGAGCCAAGCCUACCAGUUCCAGUUUGGACUGGAGUAUGCCUGGACCUGCUGCAUCUUCUCCGUUGUCAUGACAUACAGCAUCACCUGCCCCAUCAUCGUCCCCUUCGGGUUGCUCUACAUGCUGCUCAAGCACAUGGUUGACCGGUACAACAUUUACUAUGUGUACAUCCCCACCAAGCUGAACCAGCGCCUCCACGUCGCCGCCAUCAGCCAGGUUGUGGUGGCCCCCAUUCUCUGCAUGUUCUGGCUGCUCUUCUUCUCCGUCCUGCGCCUCGGUCCCACCCGCCCUGUCACCCUCUUCACCUUUGUGGUCCUCCUCUCCUGCAUUGUGUUCUCCUUCUUUGGCCUCUGCCUGAAGAAGCUGCAGCCGCGGAAACCCUCCAGCUACCAGAUGUCUGACCAGUCUGAGGGCGCCUUCAAUGAUGUGGAGCGGAGCAGUGUUUCCUCCACCCCCAACUCCAAUCUCUUCGUGGCCACCGUCCUGCAGGAGCCCGAGCUGAGCCUGACGCCGGCGGCCUCCCCGGCGCACCAGUCCUACGGCACCAUGGGCAACCACCUGGAGCCAGCGGAGGAUGGGGAGGACGGGGGGCUGCAGAGCUUCGAGACGGAGCUGGAGACAGUGGAGGGCGAGUACAGGAGCGGCCCCGUGAUGGAGAGCCAGGCCCGCUACCAGUGA